GCAGCUGACACGAUCGGUCGGUAGCGGCGGCAGGCAGCGGCUCUGCGUUUCUAUUUUUAACGUGCCCGUUGCGCGACKUCACCUCCGGACGGCUGCCGCAGGGACCGCAGCGCGCUAGUGACAGCGCGCGAUCCGCCGGCUCUGCGCAAAACGAUCCGUCGAAUGCGAAACGAUCCGUCGAACGCGAAACGAUCCGUAGACUGCUGCAGUGAAACCUGACGACGAGGAUUAUUUAAUAACGCGAUAACAAUCAUAAUAUUAUUAUUAAUUCGUCUCUAUUAAUAAAUAACUUGUGACUGUUGCGGACGCCGGGCCGGGGAACAACUACACCGAGGAAGUCACGCCAUGGCCCGACAUGGGUGAUCUGGCCGACACCAUCGACGAUCUCAUAUGCAGUUUCGAAAGCGAUGGUAGUAAGACAAUGGACACGCUGAUCAUGUACCUGUUCUGCUGGGCGUUGGUCGGUUUUGCCGCGCUGGCCGUCGGAAAGUUCGUUUACAGCCGGGCGGCUCUGUACGCUGGCCGAAAAUCGGCAGCCAGGACGGCUGCCGCGGCCGGCCUGGAACCGGACGCAGCCUCGGCUGCGGCUGCCGGCGACCGGAAAUCAUCCCAGCUGAACCACCACCGGGUUGUGCCACCCACGCCGCCGGUGGCCCGCAAACGUGUCAAGAAAUAUGACCGAAUUWUUAUGGUGGGAUAUCCACCGCCGGUGCGUAAAUGGAUACGACAUACCAGAAUUGCUUUGAAUUUAUYGUCACCCGGACAACCGACGCUCGGGGAGUUCAUAAAGCACGGCGUCGGUGUCGAAUUCGUACGGUUUCUACCAGAAACUCAUCCACCUGUUCUCAGCAACAUUUUUUGUGAACUAGGAGUCUACGAAAACAUUACAAUUACCUGUGACUGCGACGCAACGCCGGCGAUGCAGUUGAAGGCGAUGCGACARAAGGGCGACAAAGUGGACGUUUCUCAUUACCGAGUGAACGUGAACAAGUUGCAGGCCCGGUUGAACAUGUCAUGUGACACUGCCAAGAAAAGGGGACAGAUCAAAUUCGAUGGAUGGCCAAAAAUAAAAGUGGCGCUGGCUCAAGUUGGAUACAUUAAAAGCAAAACUAUGGAUGAAGUGCAGCUGCAAGACGUCAUCUUGGACAUUGUGACCGGUGCCAUAAGAUCGACAGACCUUUCAGUCGAUCUGUACAGGUGGUCUGAUUUUCCAAAUUUCAUAAAAAGCCAACGACAGACAAUAACUUCGCCUUUGGAUUCAUACACCGAUCGAAUGAUAAGUCCGAAAAUAGAAUCAACGGUCAUGAAGCAAGGAGAGAAAAGGUUGAUGGUUAAAGUCAUAAAAGCCAUUGGACUCGGUCUCAAACAAGGGUGCUACGAACCGUACUGUGUUAUCGAAGUCGAUGACCCUUUCCAGAAGAAGCAGACUUCGACAAAGAAGAACACUUCAUCACCACAAUGGAACGAGAACUUUAUGUUCACGUUGAAUCGGACAACCGAGGAGAUAUUGUUCGAAGUAUACGACUGCAACCCGAACGGUGGAAAUCAGUUUAUGGGCUUGGCUAUUGUCAGCGUCGAAGAACUGCUCGUUAACCCUUACCAGAGGCAAGUGCUGUCACUCCAGUCGAGACCAUAUCAAGACGAUUCUGUGUCCGGUACUCUUACGUUAGAAAUUAUUGAGAUGCAUUGUAAUACUCAAGGAAAUGAAAACUUUUGUUUUUAA